UCCGUCUUCCGGUUAUGCUCUGUGUAUGUGCAGACAAAAAUACCCCAAAUAAAAUGAAUAAUAAAAGAACUAUUGUGGGCUCUUCACAAUAUGAGAUAAUGAAUUCUUUGAAAUUGUUUAUCAUUUUGUAAUAAGGAAGCGUUUGGGAAAUUUUAUAAAGCCGUCUGUUGCCAGUGAGUUGAGCUGGAGUAGCCAUAGCCACUAUUGUCAAUUUACAAUUCAAUAGUCAAUAGUAUUGAAAAGUAUUGAAUUGUCUUGGACUAAUUUCUAGUAGUAGUAGUGAGUAGUGAAGAUACUUCAGAUGCAUUCAUUAAUUAGGCUAAUGAUUAGUGGCUACUGCAGUACAGUCUGGGCUUGGGGGGAGACACAGAAGUUAGGGCUUGGCCGAUUUUGCAGAUCAUUUUAAUUUUAAAAUAACCACCACAUCAACCAAAUAUGCUUUUAAUGCAAAAAUAUCUAUAUCUGUAAAGGUAUUAAUACCAGUUUUGAUAUAGAACAUAAUCAUAAUGCAAAGUAUUCUUAAUUUUUUAAUAAAUCAAUAUACACAAUCACAAGGUCAUACUUAUUCAGACUAAAUUUUUUUUUUUUUUUCCUUAAGUGUUUCAUCUAAUAAAUGUUUUCUUUUUUUUGUCCUCGUCCUCAAACUUGAUGCUCUAGUACAUUACUUGGUAUAAGUAAUUCCUUUAUCCAGUCCUGGAUACAAGUAUGUCAGGAGAAAUUUUUCAGCCAAUGGAAAACCCUGAUGAACCACUCCUGCCUUCACCUCGGAAUCCUCUUUUGUGCUACCUGUGUAAUGAACCUUAUGAAGAGCCUUGCAUUUUUGGAUGCUUUCAUAGUUUCUGUGCACACUGUCUGCGUGGCAGGGCAUCAGAAGGAAAGAUUUCUUGUCCACUUUGUGGGUAAGUUAUAUAAAGUUUCUUAAGUUAAUUUUUUAAUAUUACUGGAGUAGUUUAGAAUUUAUUGUCUCAACUUAAAGUAACCAAUUUAUUUCAUAAUUGAAAAGCAUUAAUUAGACUUAUUUUAUAUUUAGUGUUGAAAGGGAAAAUGAUUUUGAGCCUAAGGAAGAUACACUUAUAUAUAUAUUUUGGCAGCUAACUUUUGAGCCAGUCAGUCUAGUUUGCCAAAGAAAAUUGUUUGAGCAACUUAAAUUUGUUGCACAGUACAGUAAGUUAGUUUCAAAGGCCACAACCAAAACUAUUUUGCUGCGCACCUGGUGGAGUUCGCACUUUAACAACCUUGAAAGCAAUGUGGAUUAGUCAAAGGUUAAAGAUGAAAAGCUUCAGUGAAAACUGCAUAUAUGAAUAGCUCAAAUUUCCAGAUUGAAAGCUCUUUUGUGUAAGAUAAUGGUAAUAAAUUCACACUCUUGUCAGAUGUAUUGAGGAAAGUUUAAACAAUGGGUAAUGGAAAAUCUAACCCCUCCAGCAUUCAAUGCAACUGAUAUUUUACUAAAAUUUCAGUUACCUACACACACUAAAAGAUGGAUCUUCUCUACCUCCACCUGACUUACUUCUCAAAUUCAUGAUUGAAUCAUCAACAGAAGAACGAGCUCAGUGUGCCAAUUGUGACGCUGUAUGUUUGCUUUUCAUUGUAAAGCAAUUUUUUUUUAAAUUAAGUUACUUGCAAUUAAAGGUUAUGUUUAUAAGUUCUUUACUAUGUCAUUUGUUGUUAUGUUCAUAAGUUCUUUACUAUGUCAUUUGUUGUUAUGUUUAUAAGUUCUUUACUAUGUCAUUUGUUGUUAUGUUCAUAAGUUCUUUACUACGUCAUUUGUUGUUAUGUUCAUAAGUUCUUUACUAUGUCAUUUGUUGUUAUGUUUAUAAGUUCUUUACUAUGUCAUUUGUUGUUAUGUUUAUAAGUUCUUUACUAUGUCAUUUGUUGUUAUGUUCAUAAGUUUUUUACUAUGUCAUUUGUUGCUAUGUUUAUAAGUUCUUUACUAUGUCAUUUGUUGUUAUGUUUAUAAGUUCUUUACUAUGUCAUUUGUUGUUAUGUUCAUAAGUUUUUUACUAUGUCAUUUGUUGCUAUGUUUAUAAGUUCUUUACUUUGUCGAUGUGAAUUCAGGGGUCCCCCAGGGAUCAGUGCUGGGCCCCUGUUUGUUCCUAGCAUACAUUAAUGACCUACCCGAGAAACUGACAUCACAAGCAAGACUGUUCGCAGAUGACACAGCGGUGUAUGGGGCGAUCGCCAACAGAUCUGACCAGGACCAGCUACAACAGGAUCUCAAUCUGUUAGCUGAGUGGGAGAUAAGCUGGGACAUGGAAUUUCACCCUGCCAAGUGCCAGAUACUAUCAGUCUCUAGAAGUUGUACUCCUCUACACUACCAAUACGAACUGCGUGGCCAUAUACUUGAGCCAGUUUCCUCCGUAAAGUGCCUGGAUGUUACCAUUCAAAGAGAGGUCCGCUGGGACGAGCAUAUUAACAAUGUAUGUAACCAAGCAAACAAGACCCUGGGGUUCUUAAGGUGAACUCUAAAGAUUGACAACUCCUGUGUAAAAGAAAGAGCAUAUAAAGCCUUUGUCCGUCCAGUUUUAGAUUAUGCAUCUUCAGUCUGGGACCCAUUUACCCAGAAGAGCGUUGACAGGUUGGAGGCGGUCCAAUGACGAGCAGCACGAUUUGUCCUAAAACGCUACAGGAAUACCUCUAGUGUUGGCAGCAUGCUGGAAACACUAGGCUGGUCACCAUUGGAGGAAUGACGACGACAAUCCAGGCUCUCCAUGAUGUACAAGAUAAAUAAUGGGCUGGUCCACUCUUCCAGUAUUAAACAGAAACUCGUCCCUCUCCCCCCUUUAGACAGCGACGAGGCCAUGAGAGGCAAUUCUGGGUCAUACCCGCAAGAAGCCAGUAUAGGAGUUGCUUAUUCCUGCCCAAGACAAUCAGGGACUGGAACAAGCUUUGAAAAGGAACGGUUGAGGCGACAACACUAGAUACAUUUGUGUCUAUUGCCUCAAGCCUUCAAACCCCUAGUGCAUGAUUCCCUCACAAAGUGGCACUGGAAAUCAGUGAAAUUUCCUCAUCAACACCAGGAACAGAAACAUUGCAAAUCCCAUCUACAUGCAUAGGAGCCAAAAUGAUCAAUAAAUUAAUCGUGGGCCCUUUAUAGAAGAAGAAGAUUUGUUGGUAUAAUUAUAAGUUCUUUACUAUGUCAUUUGUUGUUAUGCAAGCAAACUAAUUAUAUAUAAACAUUUGCAACCAAAUAAAGUAGAAUUGAUUUGUAUUUUUAGCAAUACUGUUGCCAAUAGUAAUGUUUACCCUCCUUAUAGAAAAGGUUAACUCUAGAUUUUGGGAAAGGAGAAUAUUAGUGUACAUACAUUUUUCAACAUGAUACUUAAUCAUGUGUUAACAUUUUAAAACUUGAAUUAAACCUCAAUCAUUCAUAAAAUCUAUUCAAAAUUUUAAUUUUAAACAUAUUUUCCCUAGACUGCUGUACAGAUGUUUUUUUGUAACACAUGCAUGCAGCCUUUGUGUACAAAAUGUCGCGAAGAGACUCAUCGUGCCAAAAUGUUUUCUAGCCAUGACAUGGUCCUGUUGACAAAACGAGCAAGAGAAGUUCACAAAAAGUGCUGUAAGUAUUUUUUUUUUUUUCAUUGCAACCGGGCUGCUGUUAUAGCAGCUGGAGUAAGCUAUUUUUAGAAAUGGCGUUUUUUGAAUUCCCUGCCACCUCUUCAUAAUAGUUUGACGGAGUCUGGAAAUACAGAUCCUGCCACUUCUGCCUUCCAUUCCCCGUCCCCAAAACCUCUUUAAAAAUAUAAGGAUGACCCCUUUUAUUCUAUAUUAUAGAGAGCAGAAGCUAAACUACUAUUCAAGCCUGAAGCUGAACACUUUAACAUCUGCAUGUUCCACUGACCUCAUUACUGCAUAUAUUUUAAAACAAUUGUGUUUAAAUUCUGAUUUCAUUGGAUAAAUGUUUACAUUACUUGUAUAUCUUUAUGUAACCAUUUGAAAAGGAACAAAAUCAUCUGCCACUUAAUAAAUGUAAUUUGGAAUAUAAUCUCUUUACUUUGGUUUCAAUAAAUGAAGUCACUUUUUUUUUUUUUUUUUUUUUUUUACAGCACUUUAUGAAGAAUCAUAUAUAAUGUUUUCUGCUGAGAAGAAAAUUAUGCUAUGUAUCAACUGUUUUAGAGACAUGAGAAUGUAAGUUUAAGUAUUUUCUGCUUAAGACUAUUAGCAUCGACCAUAAGUGUGUUUCAAUAUUUUUUCCACAAAUAAAAUCACCUUCUAAUAUAAAUUUUGGCAUGACUUCAGUGUUCUUUAACACCGUCAUCAGGUUUCUUAUAACAGUGGUUUACUGUGCUCUGUUCUUUGUGAUAUCUUCAUUUGUCUUGUGUGCUGAAGAAGGCUCUAUGCUGAAACGUCCUAAUCUUUUUGUCCUCUUCUCUAAUUCAAGCUUCCACGUACCUCGUUUUCCUAUUUCAUUUUUAGCCUGAUCCUGUUUCUCAUAGCCUGAUCCUAUUUUUUAUAUCCUGAUCCUGUUUCUCAUUACCUGAUUCUGUAUCUCAUAACCUGAUCCUAUUUCUUAUAACCUGAUCCUAUUUCUUAUAACCUGAUCCUGUUUCUCACAACCUGAUUCUGUUUCUCACAACCUGAUUCUGUUUCUCAUAACCUGAUCUUUAAUACUUCUUUUUUUUUCUGGCCUGAAAUAAACUGUUACCAGUAUUUCAAACAAGAAACUGUUUCUAUUGUUCACAGAGAAAGCAGGGGACAUUGUCUAGAUUUAGAAACAGCAUAUACACAGAGUUUCAAGAAGUUAGAUCUCAGAGUCCAGGUACAUGAUUCUCCUUGUCAUUAUUUAAGCACUUUCAGAAGUUGACCAACUAUCCUAAGAAAACUGAGGGGAGUGGGAGGUUAUUCUUCCAACAACUUCAAUACCCGGUACAAUUUUUUUCUCCCAGGCAGCAUAGCACACUAAAUGGCAGGUUAUGCAAGGGUACUUCAGUAAUACUUGCAAAAUUUUAGCCCAAAAAUUUUUUUUAGAAACCCAUUUUUUACAAGAAACAAUUACUGCUGAUCUUCAGGCAUUCUGCGAACUCCAAAACUCGGUCCGUGAGGGGAUUCUUUUGUUCAAGGCACUGCUGGAGGAAAUAAAGACUAACUCCAGUAAAGAGAGGGCAGCUAUAGAAGAAUUGUAUGUGAACCUGCUGGAGAGGUUAGCGGAAACAAAAGCAAUGGUGUUGCAGAAAGUAGACAGGUAAGCAAAAAUCAUCCCGUUUUUUUUUGUAAAAAAAAAUACACUAAUUGUGAAAAUAGGUUGAUUGCAGUUUAUACAAACAACCAAAAGACUACACAUCAAACUCAUUGUCUAAAUAAAAAAGAUGAACACAUUUUAAAAACUUUAUCACAAAUGUAGGUGUAACAAUGUAUUGCCGUUGUUACAGGUUCUAAAUCUGCAGUGAAAUAUAAUUGUACAGUAGUUAAACUUUUUAAUCUUUAAUGUCUUCAGUCAAUAUUCAGAGAAAGAGGCCACAUUUCGGUCACAACUCAAGUCACUGUCUGCCCUUCUUCCUACUCUGCAUGUACAUCUGGUGAUUGCAAGUGCUUUCAGGGGAUCAGCAACCAAGUUUGAAUUCUUAGACUUUGCAAAUGUAAGGGAUUUUGUUUGUUACGUGUUUGUUUACUUUGCUUUUCUCCCACCUUGAUUCAUAAUCCUAUGUAGGUCUCAUAAAAGGUUUGAAUUAGAAUGUAUGUCAUACAUACAGCCAAAAGCAAAAUCAUAUUUUUUAAAAUUGUAUUGUCUCUAAUUAUCUAAGGCUGACUCUGUCCUGGAACCUGCCUAAGGUGCUGCCUAAACGCAGAUGCUUAUGUUUAUUUACAGGCUCAUAUUCUUAGAAAUAAACACUCAUGUUAAAUCAGACUCCUCAUGUGUUAAAAUACUCUCAUGUUAAAAUACAGACCCUGUUUUGUUGUUGCUGUUAAUUUUAACUUGUGCCAUUUUAGAUAAAUGAUCUUGUUGGCUGCCGACCAUGGUUUGCCUAGUAAAAGUCCUGGGGUUCAUGCUGUUCUUUAUUUUAUAAUUGUAUUUCAUUUGAUGUCAUGAUUAUGUCUCUUUUGAUAAUAUUUUAUGCACAGCGCGGUGAGCCCAGCCCUAGGCUGAGGUACCGCACUAUAAAAGACCACUAAUUAUUAUUAUUUUUAUUAUUAUUUAACUUCCUUACCCAACAGGUUUUAAUGGAGAGGUUGAAGUCCAUAGUACAGAAGCAGCAUCCCAUCCAUCCCACACAAAGUGGACAGAUUGAUACCGCCUAUAAAACUGAGUUUUUUAAGUAAGUUUUAGUUGCUAGUAUUUCACUUUUUGUGAGUCUACCAGAUCAUCCUUUGCCCUAAAACAAACAUUCCAUGCCUCUAUUCAAAAUAUUUCAAAUGAUCUUAUGUUGAUUUUUGGUAUGCUACCAUAAACAUUUGACUUAGAAUUUUCAUAUCACAAUGUCUACUUAAGGUUAAUCCAAAAAGUAAAACUUCCAGCUUUCAACAAUCUGAGACUCCUCUGAAUCUUUAAUUGCUUCUCUUUUUUUCCUUUGUUUUUUUUUUUUUUAUUUAUUUGUUUAAUUUAAACAAUCACUGUCAGUCCUGCUGAAGUGUUUAAUCCAAAAAGUAAAACUUCCAGCUUUCAACAAUCUGAGACUCCUCUGAAUCUUUAAUUGCUUCUCUUUUUUUCCUUUGUUUUUUUUUUUUUUUAUUUAUUUGUUUAAUUUAAACAAUCACUGUCAGUCCUGCUGAAGGUUUUUAACCUGUUAGCAACAUUUGAUUAAAUUGAAUGCAAUACUCCAGACAUUGUUGCCCUCUUUUUUGACUCUCUUAGAGAAGCUCAUUAGAUCUCUCAUAUUGGAAAUAAUUACAUUAUUUAAUUUCUUUUUUGGGAUUAUAUGGAACUUGAAAAAAAUGUUUCUUUUGAUCAGAAGUCUAGAACCACUGCUGUAUGUUCCUAUGCAGAGAUGUACUCUAGCUACUGCAGGGUCUAAUGGGUGAGUUUUUUUUUUGUUUUGUUUUUGAACGCCACCUUCUUUCUGCUCAAGUCUAUUUUAUGAUAUGGCUUGCCUUUGAAAAUGUCAAUACAGGAAGAUGGGAAAACCUAUAAAUACUUACUCAAUGAGAACAUUACAUCAGGUCAUUGUUUCAGCUAUGUUUGUUCCAUAAUGUAGUAGGUUUAGCUAUAUAAUUUAGUAGGCUUAGAUAUAAUGUAGUAGGUUUAGCUAUAUAAUUUAGUUGGCUUAGUGAUAUAAUGUAAUAGGUGUAGCCAUCAGUGGCUGUGAUUGUUCUGAUAAAAUGAUUUUUGGUUGAAUCAAUCCAGGGUGAAUGGAGUUCACACAGGAACAUCAUGUCCGGGGAGCCCGGUUAUAAACAGAUUGACCCCGAAUCACACCAGGCGUGCUAAUGGACUUAACGGAGCCAAAGUCAAAUUCAUUGACGCGAAGGGUCAGUUUGCUGAACACUGUCGAGAAUUUGAGAAUGCUCACAGGGUAAGUGACUUUUUAAAAUCUUCAAGUCAGCUUUAGGAUGUAGAGAACAAAGUUUGGUAAAUUAAUGUGAUUGAAGGGUAUUGAAUGACCUGUGUGUCUUCCCCCUCCUCCCAGCUGGGACAUGUAGGACAGGAGCGAGUCAAGUGUCGAGGAGAACAUAAUGAUCGUUCAAGUGAACAUGGUGGUGGGUCAUGUGAAUGUGCUGGCGGGUCAUCUGAAUGUGCCGGUGGGUCAGGUGAACAUAGUGGUGGGUCAUGUGAAUGUGCUGCUGGGUCAAAUGAACAAAGUUGUGGGUCAUGUGAUGAUGCUGGUGGGUCAGGUGAACAAACUGGUGGUUCAAGUGCAAAUGCUGAUGAGUCAAGCUGGCAGAUCAAGUAAACAUAAUGGCAGGUCAAGUGAACAUACUGAUGAUUCAAGUGAAAAUCCUGGUGGGUCAAGUGAGUAUUCUGACGGGUCAAAUGAAAUUGCUGGUGGGUCACGUGAACAUACUGAUGGGUCAAGUGAACAUGCUGAUGGGUCAAGUGAACAUGCUGGUGGGUCAAGUGAACAUGCUGAUGGGUCAAGUGAACAUGCUGGUGAGUCAAGUGAACAUGCUGGUGGGUCAGGUGAACAUACUGAUGGGUCAAGUGAACAUGCUGGUGGGUCAAGUGAACAUGCUGGUGGGUCAAGUGAACAUGCUGGUGGUUCCAGGCUGUUAUAAAUACAUGAGAACUCUUUCAAUCAUAAACAUUGUGAAGCACCUGUCAUAACGAUUUUUUGAUCUUCUUCUUUUUGUACAGGAUCUCUUGCAACGAUUUGAACAUAUGAAAGUCCAAUGCCAGGAGCUGCAGCGUGACUUGACCAUGCGCAGGUGUCUGGCCAAGAAAGACGAGGUCAUGACACUGGCUGGUAGUAUAGAGACAAUCCAGAAUAACUUGGACUCACAUUACAACAUCCUAGAGCAGAAGUUACCUCUUCUUGAAAAGGUAAAAAAUGUAUUUCUCAUAGAAAAUAUAAUACGGUUGCGAUAUCUUCAUACAGGUUGAAAAGUUAAAAAUUAUAUUUAAUUUGUAUUAAAGAAGAUAUUCGUUGGAGUGUCAUUAUGACAAAUUUUGCUUAUAAUGUAGAGAAAAUAUAUUUCAAUCUUGUCAAAGGCUACACUGAAGUGAGUGACACACUGAAGUUGUAGAGACACACUGAGGUUGUAGAGACACACUGAAGUUGUAGAGACACACUGAAGUUGUAGAGACACACUGAAGUGAUAGAGACACACUGAAGUUGUAGAGACACACUGAAGUUGUAGAGACACACUGAAGUUGUAGAGACACACUGAAGUGAUAGAGACUGGACUUGAUCUAUUUAUUUUUUUCUUAAAUAUUUGUUUUAAUCAUUUAGUUCAGUUUCUAGGAAUAUUUAUGCAUAAUUUAUUUUUCAUUGUUUACCAGCACUGGGAAGAAAGUCUAGAGAGAUUGAACAAUGAGCAAGAUCUUUAUCAAGGUAUUGAACAUUUGUCUUCAAUCCAGUUGAUUAAAUGUAUUGAAGGGCUUUCCCAGACACAAACACUGAUUACUAAUAUUAAAUUUAUGCUGCCCUCAAAGCAACUUCAUAUCUUAAAUAUGAUCCCAGGUUCUCAAACAAAAUAAUUGAGACAUAGAGAAAAUUGUUGUGUGUUUUUGUUUGCACUGAUGCCAUAAAAGAAAACUUUUCAAGUGAUAUAGCUGCUUGUCAUUUAUUCAAGUCUCUUUGAAUCCAUAUAAAUGAGCUGUAAUAAGAAGAAGAGGUCUUAUAUAGCACAGUACCCCAGCCUAGGGCUGGGCUCACCCCACUGUACAUAAAAAUUUUAUCAAAAGAGACAUAAUCAUGACAUUAAAAUAAAAUACAUUUAUGAAAUAAAGAACAACAAUGUAUAUUCACCCACCCCACCACAUAACUUUUACAAGGCAAACCAUGGACGGCAGCCAGCAAUGAUCGUUUAUCGGUCAGAGGAGUGGAAUCAGUCAGGGUAGUAUAAUUUAAAAAGAUCUGUUUUUAGUGCAGUUUUGAAGGCCUGGGUGGUUGGUAUAUUGCGUAUGUGUAGUGGCAAAGAAUUCCAUUGUUUGAGGGCGCAGAAAGAUAAAGAUCGUUCACCAAAUGCUUUAGUGUGUGUCUUGGGAACGGACAGAAUAUCCCAAAUGAACCGACAUCAAUGAGUGUCCUAUGAUUUUUUUUUUGCUUGAAUGCAUUCAGCUCAGAUCCAGGAUGUGAUGAGACUGAAACAAGAAAGCCAACAUCUGAGAGUGAUAGCCUCACAGCUCACGUCCUUUGUGUCCUCCAUCGCCGCUGUAACAGAGAGGCUGGCCCCUAAGUAGGUUUUCACUUUUUUUUCUUUUUCAGACAGCUUCAGAACUGUUCACAUUAAGAUAAAACAAGAUUCUUUUAUUGAAAUCAGUGCAGUCUGUUUAUGUGGCAUUGUAUCAAUAUAUAUUCAUUUUCAGCAUAUGGAUAAAAUUCCUGAACAAGAUAACAACUUUUAAACUAGAACAAUUAAACUUCUGACACCUAAAGUGUUUCUCUAGCCAAAAAAAAAUCAAACAUAUAUUACCAAUAUCGUAUACCUCACUUAAUGAAUGUAAAAUAUUUUACUCUUCAGGAUUUGAUAUUAAUAAUUAUUAAUGAAGAAUUAUGAAAUAGAAAAAAAUUCAAAUUGAUGUCUAGACCAUCGAGUAAAUCUAGCAAGUUGUUUUUGAAGUGUUAAAGCUAGCCUAAAAGUAAUUUAUAACCAAUUGAAUGUGUACAUUCUCUCCCCCCCCCCUCAGGCUUGGUCAGUCCAACCAGUCAUCGGAGCAAGACCAGCAAAUGGCCAACUUGUUGGAGGAGAUCAACUCUGUUCAACCUGACAGCCAGCAAAGGUUGGACUUUUGUUAUAGAAAAAUGGCAUGCCCUAAAUAUCUGUAUCUUCACCAUGACCCUACAUUUUAUUUGUGUGAGUUAGUCAUUUAAGAUUACAUAUUAUGGGUGCGAGUCAUUUUACUGGAAUAGCAUGUUAUUCGUGUUUGUGUGGGUCAGCCAUUUGAGUUUGAGACCACUUUUUAUUGGUUCAGAAAAGAAAAAAAAUCUUUAAAUCAUACAUUUUAAACAAAUUUAGAAUGGCUCAUUGUUUAUUUGUGUGCCAACUCUUUUUCUUGAUGAACUGGAAGAUUGAACUGUCUUACAUUUUUCUCUACUUUACACCAUUUCAGAGUGCAUGCCAUUCGUGAUGCUGAAGAAGAGAGGCAGACCAUCUUAGCCAGUCGAACCAAUCCUUUGGACUCCGAACUGAUCAAAACAAAAGGUCUUCUUCGUGCCCCUUCCUUGAGAGACAAGAAAGGGGAAAGAAGGAAAAGGCUAGAGAAGGAAAAUCUCGAGGCCUCCAAUCAAGAAUUCGCAACUAGCAAGACAUCUCCGUCUUCUUCUGUGGACCUGGAGGUUAGAGACCUUUCAAAAUUAGAUGCUGUGUCUCCCUUAGUGACAAACUGUGAGUUAGUAGAAGGAGACCCUGCAGGGAUCUACAGCAGUGGUUCUGACACCUUUAAAAUCAAAUUGGACACUUUAUGCAGCCACCAAGCACCAGGCUGUGAUGAUAAAUGGGUGGAAAACGGCCCAGUUAAGAUUUGUACAGAUGCACAUAGCGAUCCCCCUGCUGAUGAAGUGCAGGACGGGCAGACUGAAAUUUCAUACAAGGAGCCUAAAGCUUCUAAAGAUGGAGACAAAUUGGUAAAAAAUGCUACACAUGAUGUGGCUAAGUCAAGCGGUUCCAAAGUGCCUCUGCCUUUUAAACCUCAUCAGGCGCAGAUUGAGGAAAGGAAAUUGAAGAAGACAAGAGAGGGGAUGCAGAGACGAGAAGAAUCAGUUUCACCCAAAGUUGACGGUACCGAUAUAAGAAAUUUACUCAAAGAUGUGGAGAAUUUCAGCAAGCGGGAAUCCCUGGCAACGCCAAAGAAGAUUGAGGUCACCAGCAACGGGGAUCGCUCUUGAGGAACAAUCUGCGAUAUUUAAUAUUGUAAUUUAUUAGCUGUAACUUAACAUAGUUUGGAGAUAGAUUUGACCCUGUGACCCUACUGGUAUUAUGUGUUUAAACGAAUGUAUAUUUAUUUUUUUAUUGCAAAUGAGGUGCUUUCUCUAGCAAUGGUGAAAGUAAUCAUAAAAAUACCAAAUUUACAGACUCCAUAAUUCUAGUCCUUUGCCUGGAUGAGCUGUUUUGUUAUAUAUUUUAUUUACACCCUAACAUGAAAUUUGAUAUUCAAGAAGUUAAUUUGUAUUCACAUAUUAUGAGUUGGACAAUCCCUUGUUGAAAAAGAUAUUUUUAAUACUGAUAUAUAUAACAGCUGUUGAUACUUGUUGACUAAAAUCUGAUAUCAAGCCAUAUGCAUCAUUGCUGACUGCCCAUCAGCCUCUAUUGUUGGGAGGAGAGAAGACACUGAAAUAAAUCCCAGUGAUUGAUGUCACUUGACACCAUAGUCUUUGAGAAAAUGUGGGCCAAAUGACACCGGGCAUAGUUUUGUAUACAGGGCAGCUUCUAGCAGUGUUCAGUAAAAUGUGACAACAUUUAACAUUUUUAAAGUUAAAGAAUUUCAUAGCCCAAAGUUUUACCCUGACGUAUCUACAAGUCAUAGCAUAUUUUUUAAUCGUUUAUAAAAAAACAACUGCCCUCCGCUUAUAGACAAGUGUAUGCUGUAAUCACUUCUUUUUUCUUUUUGUUAAUCAAAUACCGGUAGUUAAAUUUCAGAAAACAAGGGUACUGUCUCUGCUCUGAAUCUGAAGUCAGCUUAUAACACUAAAAAUAAUUUUAAUGAACGGGAAAAGAGGAGAG